GGGGAACAGGGCUCUCCAUCCAAUCAGCGCGAGGCGGAUAUUUUAUAUCUGCUGUGUGCACUUCACUUUUACACACUGCAGAGGCGACUGAUCCACUGAACUAUCAACAAGUAAGUUUCCAGACUUGGCAGGAGGAAUUCUAAGUGAAACGAGCCCUCUUCACAUCCUUCUUCUGCUUUUAGCUUCUAAUUAAAACUUGGCUGUUAGAACAUUUCCCUCUCAAAUGUUUAAUUGCCUUUCAGAUGUUGAUGGACUCGUUUGGAUUCUCUCCUGACACUUACAAUGAUUUCACACACCUGAAAAUUUUACAUCACUACAUGUGCUUACAGAGUGUUAAUAAGGAAAAACUCCCGCUGUUGGAAUGACACCAUGACCUGUAAUGUUUAUUCAUUUUUUUUUUUUAAUAUGACUUGGAUUAACAAUGGCUGCCCUUGAACUGUAGCACAUUCAGAGCUGGACAUGACUUUCCCUGGAGGGGCUCAUGCGUCAAGGAAAGUCUUCAUCCAUCAUGGCUGUCCCCUUAUCUUGAGAUUAAUUUUAACAGCGAUUUGUUUGAGUGCAAUGGGUUUUGCGUGUCCCAAGAGUUGCCACUGCUCCGAGAGGAAUGGCUUGACAGUAGUGCAGUGUUCCUCUCGCAACCUAGAAGAGAUUCCCUCCAACCUUCCUCACAAUACUGUGUCGCUUCUUCUAUCCUCCAAUCAAAUCACCAAAAUCCCAAACCAGGCUUUUAAAAACCUUCCAUGGCUCCAAGAGCUGGACUUGUCACGGAAUGCCAUCGAAACUGUGGAUGCUGGUGCUUUUCAAGGUGUCACGGAGAGCUUGCGGGCGCUCGACCUGUCUCAUAAUCACAUGCAAAGCGUCCCUAAGGAGGCCUUCGCUCGGCUGCAUGCCAAGAUCAGUCUGUCCAACAAUCCGUGGCACUGUGAGUGCUCCCUUCAGGAGGUGUUGCGCGAACUCAGGCUGGAUCCCGAGACUGUGAACGAGGUUAGCUGCCACACCGCCGUUCAGGAAGAGUAUGCGGGCAAGCCUGUCAUUCAAGUCUUGGAUUCGGGAAUAAACUUUUGUAACUUCCACCAUAAAACUACCGAUGUGGCCAUGUUUGUCACCAUGUUUGGUUGGUUCACAAUGGUUAUCGCUUAUGUCAUCUAUUACGUAAGGCAUAACCAGGAAGAUGCAAGGAGGCAUCUGGAGUACCUCAAGUCUCUGCCAAGUAGCUCCCAAAUUAGUAAGGACUUUGACACAAUCAGCACUGUUCUCUAGCAUGAGUCAAUGCAGUUUAGGAGUUAAUGUGUUUGGGACAUUGACGAUGGCACAACAGCAAGCCUUAUAAGCGAGAGUGGGGUAAGAUGUGUCAUUUACUCAGUUUGUCCUCAAGGAAAUGAGGAGUCAUUGAGAAACCCACAAUUGCUAGGCACAAACUAAAUCCAAAGUCUUAUUUUGCUGCACAUUAUUGAUAAUUUAAUUUGAAAAUAUUCAAUUUUCAGAAAAUUUCAUAAUGACAGUAUUUUGCAUAACUUGAACCAAAACUUGCCAAAUGCAAAACAUGCAUGAGAUGUAUCUUUUAUUUAUUUAUUUAUUUGCUUUUACAUUCAACUCAUUUUGUCUGCUGCAGAAAAUUUACUUUGACAUGCAGAUUGCAUAACCCCACUUUUUUAGCAUUAAAAAGCAACUCUAAUACAAUAUUCAGCUGCCUUAGAGAGAAAGUCCUUUUUAAAUACUUGGCCCAGUUCAAUCAACUGUAAGAAUGACAGAUUAGCCACUGACACGUCUUGCCCUACUCUUCCCAAGAUAUAGUAUUAUUAGAUUUAAUUGUGAAUGUUUUACAUGGGUUUUAUCACAAUGAAUGUGUUGACAAUUGUUCUGUGAUGCAAUUCAUUGUUCCCAUUCAUGUACCCACAGUCGACCUACAUAAGCCCUGCAGUCUCUGUGGUGGCCACUUUGUGCCUCACGACAGGAAGCUGCAGAAGCUCCAUUUCUUUCUGCAGGUGCUUAUCCCAUUAUUUCUUGAAUUGGUUUUAUUAAUUUGUAUGCUAAUUUAAUGGUGUUUCAGAACAGAAUAUUAAAUGCUGGAUUUAUAGGAUAUUUUUUUCCUUAUUUUGUAUUGCUCACCAAGUAGAAAAAGUAAAUAAUCACUGCCAAAAAAACUAAACCGAAAAAAUAAAACAAAGCCCAUCAGUUAAGUUCUGCCUUGAUAACUGGAAACCUGCCCCAUGUUUUGUUGUAUUUACUCAAGUGCCUGAUCCUGGUACCUCAGCACCAAUACACUGUGCAUUGGGCAUUAUUUGGUUUGCUAUCUAUAUGUUCUUCUACAAUCAAAAAUAAUCAUUUAACAGUGAGUGUAAAGUAGAACAGUGUCAUUUUAAAUCGAGUGAUAAAUUUGGUGUAUUUUAAAGAUUUCUCAGAUUGAUCUUAGGUCAAUUAUGUGCACACCUGAUUAGAAUAUUUCAUCAGAUGACAUUCAAAAUGGAUUUUGUCACCUGUGUAUUGGUUUAAAAGGGCUUGCAGGUCAUGUAGACUAAUGUAUAUUUCUGUCCACAUGUAUCAGUUUUUCAUUGUGACUAGCCUUUUCAGCAGUAGUGUACAGUAUAUCAUAGCAACAUAAGACAAUAAAAAUGCUGUUAGAAGGA